AUGAACAAUUCCGAAAAGCAGCUGUUAGUGGAGGAACUUCAUGCUCCAGCGAGAAGAAAUUUUCCGAGGAGGCAUGUCAUUGUUCGCGGAUACGAUAACCUGUGGCAAGCGGAUGUGGUUGAGAUGCGACCUUACAUGAGAUUUAACCGAGGUUACCAUUACAUACUCACCGUUAUCGAUGUAUUGAGCAAGUAUGCAUGGGCCGUGCCUCUCAAGGCCAAGAGUGGCAAUGAAGUGGCUAAUGCGAUUAACGACAUGUGGAAGCAGUUUACGCUUAAUGGAAAUUAUAAAUGGAUCGAUUUGUUACCACGUCUCGUAUUAGAAUACAACUCGCGAAGGCAUCGUACUAUUGAUAUGCGACCCAUCAAUGUUACCCCUGCGAUUGCCGAAAAACUCUUAUCCACUGUGUAUAGUUGCAUAAAAAUUGCUGCACCCGCGCGGUUCAAAGUGGAUGAAUUGGUACGCGUGAGCAAAUUUAAGACCAUUUUUGAUAAAGGUUAUACACCGAAUUGGACUACGAAGAUAUUUAAAAUUGCCAAAGUGCAGAGAACUAAUCCCGUGACGUAUUUAUUGAAGGAUUCCUGUGGAAAACAUAUCAGCGGUGGAUUUUACGAAUAUGAGCUUCAGCGAGUCGCUUGUCCUGCCGCUUGCCGGGCGGUUUAUCACGCAUUGGACAGAACGAUAGGUCAAUGUGCGCAUCAUGUAAAUGUUGUGGAUAUUCUAAGUCUAUUUCAAGAAUGUAACCUGUUGGAGAAUCUAGCGCGAUGUCCAUAA